CGCGCAAGCCAGCGCCUCAACAAAGUCCCUGCCCUGCCGGUGUUGUGCAGGGAGCAGAGACCAGAAACCUAAUCUCGGGACCCAACAACACCUAGCAACAGUUAAAAAACUUUUAAACAAAAGUCUGGGGGGGAGAUCUACAACAGCCUCCAGUGUCUGCGGACCGGGAUUUCAGGGCGAAGGAGCUGCUCUCCCCUUCUCUCCACUGUUUCCUGCAUGACUUCAGCUAUUGGCCAGUCCUGGGAAAGCAAGUGGGAAAAGCUUUUCCCUCUGUAUUCUUUUGGGCUGGAUAGUUUUCCAGGACUCCAGUCUCUCUCUCUUGGGCUGUGGGACAAGCCACUGGGUUCUUCCAAGGAUAAGCUACCGCUAGAAAGGACAUCCCCUGGGUUAAGCGAGCUGCCAUCAGGUGGGAAUGAGAUCCCGAAACCAGGGUGGUGAAAGUUCAUCCAACGGGCAUAUCUCUUGCCCCAAAUCCUCCAUCAUAAGCAAUGUUGAUGAUAAACGUCUCUCAGAAGAUGCAAAAAAGAAGAACAAAUCAAAUAGAAAGGAAGAUGAUGUCAUGGCCUCAGGAACUGUCAAACGACACCUAAAACCAUCUGGAGAAAGUGAAAAAAAGAAUAAGAAAUCCUUGGAGUUAUCCAAAGAAGACCUCAUCCAGCUACUCAGUAUAAUGGAAGGAGAGUUGCAGGCCAGGGAAGAUGUGAUCCACAUGCUGAAGACGGAGAAAACCAAGCCUGAGGUUCUGGAGGCUCAUUACGGGUCUGCGGAGCCGGAGAAAGUGCUGCGGGUCCUGCACCGGGACGCCAUCCUUGCCCAGGAAAAAUCCAUCGGAGAGGAUGUCUAUGAGAAACCAAUUUCAGAGCUGGACAGACUUGAGGAAAAACAGAAAGAAACCUACCGGCGCAUGUUAGAGCAACUGCUGCUGGCGGAGAAGUGCCACAGGCGCACGGUGUACGAGUUAGAGAACGAGAAGCACAAGCACACUGACUACAUGAACAAGAGCGACGACUUCACCAACCUGCUGGAGCAGGAGCGGGAGAGGUUGAAAAAGCUCCUUGAACAAGAAAAGGCUUACCAAGCCCGUAAAGAAAAGGAAAAUGCUAAGAGGCUCAAUAAACUAAGAGAUGAGCUUGUGAAACUGAAGUCCUUUGCACUCAUGCUGGUGGAUGAGAGACAAAUGCAUAUUGAGCAACUUGGCCUGCAAAGCCAGAAAGUACAGGAUCUCACUCAGAAACUGAGGGAAGAAGAAGAAAAACUCAAAGCCAUUACUUCCAAAUCCAAAGAAGACAGGCAGAAAUUGCUCAAGUUAGAAGUGGAUUUCGAACACAAGGCUUCAAGGUUUUCCCAAGAGCAUGAAGAGAUGAAUGCUAAGUUGGCUAAUCAAGAGUCUCACAACAGGCAACUUAGACUCAAGCUGGUUGGCUUAACGCAAAGAAUUGAGGAGCUAGAAGAGACCAACAAAAAUCUUCAAAAGGCAGAGGAGGAACUUCAGGAAUUAAGAGAUAAAAUUGCCAAAGGGGAAUGUGGCAACUCCAGCCUCAUGGCAGAAGUGGAAAAUCUACGGAAGCGUGUGCUUGAAAUGGAGGGUAAAGAUGAGGAGAUCACUAAAACGGAAUCCCAGUGCAGGGAAUUGAGGAAGAAAUUACAAGAGGAAGAACAUCAUAGUAGGGAGCUCAAAAUUGAAGUUGAGAAGUUACAGAAGAGAAUGUCUGAACUGGAGAAAUUGGAAGAAGCAUUUAGCAAGAGUAAAUCUGAAUGCACCCAGCUACAUUUAAAUCUAGAGAAAGAAAAGAACUUAACCAAAGACCUGCUAAAUGAAUUGGAGGUUGUCAAGAGCCGAGUCAAAGAACUGGAGUGUUCCGAAAGUAGAUUGGAAAAGGCUGAAUUAAGCCUAAAAGAUGAUCUUACCAAGCUGAAGUCAUUUACUGUGAUGCUGGUUGAUGAAAGGAAAAAUAUGAUGGAAAAAAUAAAGCAAGAAGAGAGAAAAGUGGAUGGACUCAAUAAAAAUUUUAAGGUGGAACAAGGAAAGGUUAUGGAUGUAACUGAAAAACUAAUUGAAGAAAGUAAGAAGCUUUUAAAACUGAAAUCUGAAAUGGAGGAAAGAGUAUACAAUUUGACAAAAGAGAGGGAUGAGUUAGUAGGCAAACUGAAAAGUGAAGAAGAAAAAUCAUCUGAAUUAAGCUGCAGUGUUGACCUAUUAAAGAAGAGACUUGAUGGGAUAGAGGAAGUGGAGAGAGAAAUAACAAGAGGAAGGUCUCGAAAAGGACCUGAGCUCACCUGCCCAGAAGACAACAAGAUUAAGGAACUAACACUUGAAAUUGAGAGACUGAAGAAACGUCUCCAACAACUGGAGGUGGUCGAAGGGGAUUUGAUGAAGACGGAGGAUGAGUAUGAUCAGCUGGAGCAGAAAUUUAGAACUGAGCAAGAUAAGGCUAAUUUCCUCUCUCAGCAACUGGAGGAGAUAAAGCACCAAAUUGCCAAGAAUAAAGCAAUCGAGAAAGGUGAGGCUGUGAGCCAAGAAGCUGAGCUGAGACAUAGAUUUCGGUUGGAGGAGGCUAAAAGUCGAGACUUAAAAGCUGAAGUGCAAGCUCUUAAAGAGAAGAUUCAUGAAUUAAUGAACAAAGAAGAUCAGCUUUCUCAGCUCCAAGUGGACUAUUCUGUCCUUCAACAAAGAUUUAUGGAGGAAGAAAAUAAGAACAAAAACAUGGGACAGGAGGUCCUCAAUCUGACCAAAGAGCUGGAGCUUUCCAAGCGUUACAGCCGAGCUCUAAGACCCAGUAUGAAUGGGAGAAGAAUGGUAGAUAUUCCUGUGACCUCCACUGGAGUGCAGACCGAUGCUGUCAGCAGCGAGGCAGCCGAGGAAGAAACACCAGCAGUAUUUAUCCGGAAAUCCUUUCAAGAAGAAAAUCAUAUCAUGAGCAACCUUCGGCAGGUGGGAUUGAAAAAACCUAUGGAACGAUCCUCCGUUCUCGACAGGUAUCCUCCUGCAGCAAAUGAGCUCUCGAUGAGAAAGUCGUGGAUUCCCUGGAUGAGGAAACGGGAAAACGGGCCCUCGAUUACUCCAGAGAAAGGGCCCCGGACAAAUCCCAGUCCAGGGCACCCAGGAGAACUGGUUCUUUCACCAAAGCAGGGCCAGCCCCUGCAUAUUCGAGUGACACCCGACCACGAGAACAGUACGGCGACGCUGGAGAUAACAAGCCCUACAUCCGAAGAAUUUUUCUCCAGCACCACCGUCAUUCCUACACUGGGGAAUCAGAAACCAAGGAUAACCAUUAUUCCAUCGCCAAAUGUUAUGUCUCAAAAAACCAAAAGUGGAGAUGGUAUUCUCGGCACAGAACGAGCCAUGUCCCCGGUCACAAUUACCACAUAUUCCAGAGAGAAGACCCCGGACAGUGGAAGAGGCGCAUUUGCGGACAGGCCCACAUCCCCCAUUCAGAUAAUGACAGUGUCUACAUCAGCCGCCCCGGCUGAGAUUCCCGACGCCCAGGAAAUGCCCAUGGGAAGGACUGUCCUCAAAGUCACCCCAGAAAAACAGACUGUUCCAACGCCCGUACGGAAAUACAACUCCAACGCCAAUAUCAUAACCACGGAAGACAAUAAAAUCCACAUUCAUUUAGGCUCUCAGUUUAAACGGUCCCCUGGGGCUUCCGCAGAAGGAGCAAGUCCAGUGAUCACUGUCCGACCGGUCAGCGUGACCGCGGAAAAGGAGGUCUCCACCGGCACUGUCCUCCGCUCUCCCAGGAACCAUCUGUCCUCGCGGCCGGGUGCAAACAAAGUGACAAGCACCAUCACCAUCACUCCGGUCACAACCGCGUCCACUCGAGGAACCCAGUCAGUGUCAGGACAAGAUGGGUCAUCCCAGCGGCCUACACCCACCCGCAUUCCUAUGUCAAAAGAAAGCAUCAUCAUUCACCAGUUACGCAUGAACUCCCGAUGAAAUGGUAAAUCAAGCACAAACUGGGUGUGUUUACUGCCUCUGAAUCCCUGUUGAAUGGAUAGUAUUACUGCAGCUCUCCAUCAUCACUAAGGUCCUCCAGGCCACUGAUCACUACUGAAAAUAAUUUUCUACUUCCAGUGAAUUUUUUUGAGGAUAUAAUGUAAAAGCUGAAAAUGGCAUUGCUGAUAAUAUAAAAAUAGGUUGCAAGAGCAAUUCAAUCUUUGUGUCGAAAGCAAUUUCUCCUCCUUUUGCAAAGCUUUCAGGUCCAU